GUUCGGCAAGUAUUCAAAUGAGGCGUGAGAAAUUCAUAUUCAUCCCGUAAAUUAUAGUCAUAAAUAUGUAUUAAAUGUAUUAUUUAUGAAUUAAAGUCUUGAACUAAUAAACAAACGCAGUUGUUUUAGAAAUUGUGUACUCUUCUAAACUUCAAAAAUAAAUAAGUUACUACUUUGCUCUUACACAUAGUAUAAAGCCAGAUUAUUUUUAUGCCGAAAAUGAGUACCAAUAAUGUGGAUGUAAUUAAGAUGAUCGGAAAAUAUUUAGAUGUUUCAGUCGGGGCCGUUUGUUAUAAUACAGACAAAGUUCCCACUGCCGUACUUGAAAAUAAAAAUGUUGAGGGUUUUGUGACUAUCAUUUUGAGUAUGGUUUCAAAAUGUGGAACUGCAAGCAGUGAAGAGCAACGACUGCUAACCUACCAAUGGUUAGAGUACAUCUCCAUGUUUAGUAAUCAGGCUGUGGCAAAUUCAACUUUUGCAUUCAAAUUCUUGCAAGAAAUAAACAGAGCUCUACAAUGUAACACAUAUCUGACUGGCCAGUUUCUAACAAUUGCUGAUGUUGCAUUAUAUUACAUAGUGUAUCCUUUACUGGAGCAUAUGUCUGUAGCAGAACGCGAUGCCUUUGUUCACUUAUGCAGAUGGUCAAAACAUAUACAAGCACAACCGCGAGUUUGCAAUAAUCGUCCACCACUUCCAUUGAAUGCUGUGUCACUCUCGGUGCUGGCACCGGCAGUACACUGAAAUUUUAAGCAGUAUAUAAUUUUAAAUUUAUAACUAUACAUUGCAUUAUUAUGUAUGACAAUAAUAAUAUUUCUAAUAAGUGUGCAAAAUAAAAUAAAUUUUCAUUAAC